UUGUAAUGUACUGACAGCCCCUGUGUGACAGGGUAGACGAACAACUGUCGGUAACCGAACAAAGAUUGUUCCCGAGUCUGGUAUGUCUGGUUGGCACUGCACGCAGCCCGCUAACGCUAGCUGGCAGGGAGUGCUCCAACAUUAAAUUGCCAACAUGUUAACAAUGGAAUAAAUACAUGCAUUGAGCCCCUAAUAACGAAAUACCGUUUUUUAUUCUCUUGAUUUGCCAUUCCGCGUGUGGCUGUGGCUAAACGAACCCUCAUUGUUGACAGGCGCAUAGCUAGCUGGCUAACGUUAAGGGGUACGUCUGCCUUCCCGUUUGACCCUUUGUUUGCUAGCUAGCAUAACUCACUGUAUUAGCAAGUUAACGUUAGCCAGACUACCACCAUUUAUUGAACAUGUAACUACAUAUAUAUUUCCUAGUUAACCACCAAAACUGUUUCCCAGCUGACGUGUAUUACACUAACGUUAGCUGUUCGUAUUUUAACACAUUUAGCCAGGCCCCUCUGUGGCUGGAGUCAACAAGGGUCAGGGGGGCAUAACGUUAACGUUUCCACCCCCCGUUUAGCUAAUGUUAGGUAACUAGGUGGCAGCUAGCUACAACCAUAUAAAGAUGGAUAAAGCCGUCUUUAUGUAGCCAUCACCAUAGUUUUGGAUAGCUAACCUGGUGCAUGCGUGCAAAUGUUUUUAUGUAGCCAUGUUGAUAAAUAAGCCAGAUAAGAAGUAGCUUGUAGGCUACUGUAAUGGUAUACAAAUCAUGGCUGUGUUUUUGUGUACUGCAAAUCCUCAAUGUUGCUUUUCUACUGUAGCACCAAUGUUACACUAGUGAAUACACCCGUAUGUUAUACCAGGGAAAAUAAUCCCUAGCUAGGGCUAACAGUGAGGAUAUGUGAAGAACAGCAACAACCUCCGCAUAAUCAAAACAGUUGUGAGAAUGUGUUAAAGUUCAGUCAGAUCUACAAGAGCCAUGGACCAAUGAGACGCGGGUGCUGGACCAUAGAUGGAAACAAAAGUCUGAGCCUUUUGGGUAAACACGGGUAAAUAAUGUGUGGAAAUGCACCACAGACAGUGUUUUUCUAUGAUUAGUGCUGUUUGGGACGUCCUUACCUAACCUUAACCCGUACUUAACCAUUUAAAAUUCUAGAUUUGUCAAUUACUUUUUCGGCCAUGGUUUCAUCUGCUACAAUACACACUAUUCUCUGUGCUUUGUAGAGGGGUCUAAAUAUCCAGGUCUACUAAAUGAGGCAAAUAAAAUUAAUUUAUAUUGAAUAAGAAAGUGUUUGGUGUGUGUGAGAAAGAGAGAGAGAAAAGGGAUACAUGACUGGGAAUGUCAUGAGGUUGUUCAUGUCAUGCCACUCAGAAUUGACUUUAUGCUGAGCAGCAUGAUCAGGCCCUACAUUAGUUAUGCAGAGCCCUAACACAGUGCACAUUUACUGCUAUAAACAGUCUCCAUCUGGCAAAAGUCCAUUAAUUUCAAUGGGAGGCAGUCCACUCUUCUGCGACUGCCAGGCGAGGCUGCGUUGCAUUGCCGAGAGCUGCCCAGUGACACGAGCCUACCAUACGAGCUAAAUAACUUAGCUCACUUCGAGGCAAGUAACACUGAAACAUGUGUGAGAGCAUCAGCUGUUCCGGAAGACUGUGAUCACGCUCUCCGUAGCCGAUGUGAGUAAGACCUUCAAACAGGUCAACAUUCACAAGGCCGCUGGGCCAGACGGAUUACCAGGACGUGUACUCCGAGCAUGCGCUGACCAAAUGUCUUCACUGACAUUUUCAACUUCUCCCUGUCUGAGUCUGUAAUACCUACAUGUUUCAAGCAGACCACCAUAGUCCCUGUGCCCAAGAUCACUAAGGUAACCUGCCUAAAUGACUACCAACCUGUAGCACUCACGUCUGUACCCAUGAAAUGCAUUGAAAGGCUGGUCAUGACUCACAUCAACACCAUUAUCCCAGAAACCCUAGGCCCCCUUCAAUUUGUAUACCGCACCAACAGAUCCACAGAUGAUGCAAUCUCUAUUGCACUCCACACUGCCCAUUCCCACCUGGACAAAAGGAACACCUAUGUGAGAAUGCUAUUCAUUGACUACAGCUCAGUGUUGAACACCAUAGUGCCCUCAAAGCUCAUCAUUAAGCUAAGGACCCUGGGACUAAACACCUCCCUCUGCAACUGGAUCCUGGACUUCCUGACAACACAUCCGCCACACUGAUCCUCAACACGGUGCUUUGUCCCCCCCCUGUACUUCCUGUUCACCCAUGACUGCACGGCCAGGCACGACUCCAACACCAUCAUUACGUUUGCUGAUGACACAACAGUGGUAGGCCUGAUCACAACAACAAUGAGACCGCUUAUAGGGAGGAGGUCAGAGACCUGGAGACCUGAUGAUUUUUGACUACAGGAAAGGGAGGACCGAGCACUCCCCCAUUCUCAUCGGCGGGCUGUAGUGGAGCGGGUUGAGAGCUUAAAAUUUCUUGGUGUCCACAUCACCAACAAACUAACAUGGUCCAAGCACACCAAGACAGUUGUGAAGAGGGCACGACCAAACCUAUUCCCCCUCGGGAGACUGAAAUGAUUUGGUAUGGGUCCUCAGAUCCUCAGUGUUUUACAGCUGCACCAUCGAGAGCAUCCUGACCGGGGCCAAGCUGACCGGCGCCAAAUCUAGGUCCAAGAGGCUUCUAAACAGCUUAUACCCCCAAGCCAUCAGACUUCCCAGGCUAUUUGCAUAGCCCCCCCCCCACACCCCAGAACGCUGCUGCUACUCUCUGUUAUUAUCUAUGCAUAGUCACUUUAAUAACUCUACCUACAUGUACAUAAUUACCUCAACAUUGGUGCCCCUCGUACAUUGACUCUGUACCAGUACACCCUGUAUAUAGCCCCGCUAUUGUUAUUUACUGCUGCUCUUUAAUUAUUUGUUGUUCUUAUCGCUUAAUUUUUUAGGGAUUUUCUUGAAACUGCAUUGUUGGUUAAGGGCUUGUAAGCAAGCAUUUCACUAAGGUCUACACCUGUUUUAUUCUGCGCAUGUGACAAAUAGAAUUUCAUAUCAGUAUCAUUGGUGCUUCUUGAGGAUCUUGAACUGGAUGCAGUUAAUGACGCAUUUAAUUUUAUUCAGUUCACAAUGCUAUAAAUCCUACCGUGUUUUAUAUUGUACAUGCAUACUGCAGAUGCGUUAUAGCUCAACUUCAGCUCAUUUCUCCUUCCUUAAUAUGGGUGUGGAAGUUCCUUAGAUGCACAGGCCUGCAUUUUAGGAUGUGGCUCUGUUCAGUUGCCAGACCCUAUUUUACUGUUCUGUGCCUAUCUGCAUCCCUGCACGCCAUGGAAGUGCUACAAAGCUCUGUGCCAUUUUUGGUUUUGACUGUGCGGAGAAUGCAUAUUUAUAAGCUACGGCCCAUGUGUCACUGCCGAUCCUUGUGGAGAAUGUGUAGCUUUUGGGAGCAUAAACAAUAUGUAUAGGCUGAGACUAAUAACAGGAGUCCAGUGUGUUCUGAAACUUGUGCUAUGCCAUGCUAGGUUUGUGUGUAAAAUAAGCAUGUUCAAACUAAGUACUUUUGUCAUUCACUGAGGCAUACAGAAAUGACUGACCAAUUAGUGUCACAAGACAAACAGAGGCUGGAAACACAGAAAUACAUUGCACGCUCACACAUUCAGAUAGAUGGGAAUGGGCAGUGGACACAUGGUUGUAUCUUCAACAAGAUAGGGGCACACACUUUACCAGUUCCAAAUAUAUAUAUAUAUAUAUAACUGAGCAGGUUAUUUUAUUUCUCCACAGAUUGCAGAGAACCCUGAUAGGUCUAUCUUAUUGACCAUCUGGCCCCUGGUUCCUCAGGGACUGUUUUCUAUUUUUAAAUUUUCUUCUGGGACAAGGACAAGAGAAAUGUUACAUUGAUUGCCACAUGUCAUAGCAUUCUGUUAUUCACCAAUGACUCACCUAAUCAUGGAGCAUACUGUUUCUCUAUUGGGAUCUGCAUCUUUAGGGUGCGUGCGUGGUUGGUGAAGUGCUUGGAGGCUUUGUCUGCUUGUCUCUCCCUGACCAAAAUACCCUUCCUCUCCGUUCCAUUUCCUGCUUGUAUGUCCUUGGGUUCAUUUGAAGCAGCGCUCUACUACCCAGUCUGUAUUAUGUAUUGUUCCUUCUCAUGCAUCCUGUCAUGGCGACACGCGGAGAGGCGCUGGAUCGAUCUCACAAUCCCAAGCACCUAUCUGUCUCUGGUCUUUUCAUCUUCAGCAUUGCAAUUAAUCAAUAAUUCACUGUAUUUUUAAGUGAGUGGAGAUGGCUGUUAGCCCAGUAACCUGUGGUUUAUAUAGUGAUGUCACUUUAGAAAAAAUAUUAAGCUACAUCGCCUGAUAGAUAUGAAUUGGUUCACCUAGAGUGAUGGACCUAGUUGUGGGUUUAUUGUGUUGUGUACUAUUUGUGUCUUAGCGUAUUGCUUCAAUUUCCACUUUCUGCUGACAAAGCUUGAGUGGUUAACUCAGGUGUUUUAAGCGUUUUAAUAAAUGCUUUUUAAAGUUUUAGGCACUGCCUUUCUGAGUCUUCCAUUCUUGAGGUAUGGAGUUCACGUUUUGUUUCUAUUUUGCACCCGAUAUUUCUGAAGCUUCUGUAUUCACUUUUUGGAUGUAUGGUACAGAUUUAUAGUUAGCCUCUAUGAAUGGGUUAGCUUUCUCCUAACUACCUAUAGCACCUAUUGAAGAUGGUAUCUUCUGGCCGGGGGAGUUUUGUUUAGAGCCCUGAUGCUCAUUCUGAACGUUAAAACACAAAGCUUGCAUUACGGUUUUGGAAACAUAAGGAACGUCUCUUUCAACAUCGAAGUCAUUUUAAUAAAGGUAAAAUUACAACACACCUUUUUAUAAGGUUAGUGUUUCCACACAGCCAUAUCUCCAUGUUGCAGCGCUUGUUUAAGGAAGAUGUAGACGGACACCUGUGCUAAUUGGCUAUCUAGCAUGCUCUGAUCACCUGUGUGUCAGCGUAAAUGGAGAGGAAGUGUAGUUCGUCAACUGGAGGCACACAAAGCAUAUGGAUCCGUGUUAAUCUGCUACAGUAAGUGUAUCUUUUUAUUUGAAAGUUUCUUUCUUGCUGAUAUGAAAGAUAAGGAGAAUAUCAGCAUAUAUCAGUUUCGAAAACCGUUUCGCAAGCGAGGCUGUCCCCGACUAUUUAUUUUUUACCUUGGUCAACCGAUUUUUGUCUGUUUCUUUCGACCAAUCGAUUGGUCAACAUUUUUAUAUGCGCAUCUUUCCAUAUAUAGAUACAUCCGGUGUCUUAGUCAAAUCAACUAGCAGUGCGUUUAAAGCAUCAGACAAGCUCAGUGUUUGAAAUAGUUAAGACACACAUGACUAGAGGAAGUCCGACCGCAAUUGAUUUGAUUGUGUUGGGCCGGACUCAGACGUGCUGACAACCUCCCACAAGUUGGAUUGGCUUGAUGGGCACUUAUGUACCAUAUGGUCAAGCUGCUCCCACAACAGCUCAAUAGGGUUGAGAUCCGGUGACUGUGCUGGCCACUCCAUUAUAGAUAGAAUACCAGCUGACUGCUUCUUCCCUAAAUAGUUUGAAGCUGUGCUUUGGGUCAUUGUCCUGUUGUAGGAGGAAAUUGGCUCCAAUUAAGUGCUGUCCACAGGGUAUGCCAUGGUGUAGCAAAAUGGAGUGAUAGAUCCAUUUUACCCUGUACAUAUCUCCCACUUUACCACCACCAAAGCACCCCAGACCAUCACAUUGCCUCCAGACAGAUGGCGGCAAGCAUCUUUUCAUUUUUUCUGCGUCUCACGAAUGUUCUUUGUGAUCCGAACACCUCAAACUUAGAUUAGUCUGUCCAUAACACUUUUUUCCAAUCUUCCUCUGUCCAGUGUCUGUUCUUUUGCCCGUCUUAAUCUUUUCUUUUUAUUGGCCGGUCUGUGAGAUGGCUUUUUCUUUGCAACGCUGCCUAGAAGGCCAGCACCCCGGAGUCGCCUCUUCACUGUUGACGUCGAGACUGGUGUUUUGCAGGUUCUAGAGAACUUCUCUGAUGCCCCCAUGACGCCCAAGCAGAUCCUGCAUGUUAUCCAGACCAAGGGACUCAAGGAAAUGAGAAGUGGCACGGCCCCUCUGGCCUGUCUGGUGACCAUGCUGCACUCCCAGGUGAGGGGGGACCGAGUAAAGAACAGCAUCUUCUUCAAGCUUCCUGGCAGGAUGAGUCUGUUCACUUUAAAGAAGAACGCUCUGCAGUGGACCAAGAGUUCGACAGAGGCGGAGACAGCGGACACCACUACACAGGCUACCGCUUCCACUGCAACAGCAGGGCCAACGGAAGGGGGGGAGCAAGAGAGCUGUGACUCCAUGGAAACGAUUGCGGCCAGCGGAGAGAAUGACGCGUCAGUAGAUGAGAGCUCGUCCAGUGCGUCCUGCUCCACAGAGCCCCAGACCAGGCUGAGUAGGUCUGGAGUCUCUGGACAGGUGCGCUCCGAGGCCCAGGCACAGACCCGACUAAGCCGAUCCAGACAGUCGGGCAGACAGAGGAAGAAGGCUGUGAUGAUGCCGCGCGUGGUCCUCACUCCACUCAAGGUCAAUGGUGACCACGUCCCAUCAGGAGCAGCGGGGAGGCGCAGGGAAGGCUCUAGGGGGGGUCCAGGCCCCACGCUCCGUGCCCGCCCUGAACUGGCUAGCUGGAAACGCCCCCAGCACUUCAAGAGCAUUCGUGGCCACCACUCAGGGCCCAUGAAGAGGAGCCGAGGUGGGGUGGAGGUGGACUUUGAGACGCCUGGCUCCAUCCUGGUCAACACAAACAUCAGGGCCCUCAUCAACAUGCGCACCUUCUCUGCCUUCCCAGCCCAGUACCAACAGCAACUCCUGCAGCUCCUCCCUGAAGUUGACCGCCAGGUGGGACCUGACGGUCUGGCUCGCCUCAGUAACUCAGCUCUCAACAAUGAAUUCUUCACUCACGCCUCCCAGAGCUGGAAGGAAAGGCUCGCUGAGGGGGAGUUCACUCACGAGAUGCAGGUGCGAUUUCGCCAGGAGAUGGAGAAAGAGAAGAAAGUGGAGGCAUGGAAGGAGAAGUUCUUUGAGGAGUACCACGGUCAAAAGUCUGGCCUGACCCGGGAAGAGUCUCUGAAGUUGACGAUGAGUGAAGAGGCCGAUGCUGCCGCCAGCGUCCUGGAGAGUGAGGUGGCAUCUGUGGCUGCAGGAACGCCCAAGCGCCGUGGUGUGGGCAGGCGGCGACGGGACGGCAGGAUGAGACGGCGAACGCGUGCAGACUUGAGACGCAGGGCGCGACGCACCCUCUGCAAGACCAACUCCCCCGCCAUGCAGACCACCGAGCAGCCGGAGGGCACACUCACUCUAGACGCUGUUGCCUCUGUCUCUGCGCCCUCGCCCGUCCCAGAGGCCACCAUGGUGCAGGGAGAGGUGGUGCUACAGGCCGAAUCUGGACUGGAGACCCCGGCCCAGUCUGCCUCCCUAGAGCCCACGCCCUGCCCUUCCCCUGUGCCCACGCCCCUGUCUGUGACCGUGCCUGAGCCUGAGCCCACCCCGACCCCCAGUCCCAGCCCCAGCCCUGCAUCUGUCAGUGCCACCGACGAGCCUGAAGUCAUUGCCCGCCUGCUCCCCGAAGAGCCUGCACCUGCCAUCGCCUCAACCUCCUCUCCCUCCUCCUCGUCCUCCUCCUCCUCCUCAUCCUCCUCCCCUUCCUCCUCUCCCUCCUCGACCUCCGAGAGGCAGGGGGCGUUCACCGCCGGCUUGGACUCUUCUUCCUCUUCCUCCUCCUCCACGGCCGCCGCCACCGCCGAUCCACUGGACGAUGGGGCCUCUGUGGUCACCUCGGUCACGGGGGGAACGGCCACCAGCAGCCAGGAGAGCAGCCCUGCAGCCAGCCCCGCCCCCACCCCCACUGCCGCCACCUCCACCCAGACCAAGGAGCAGAAGAGGAGGCCAGACGAGACCCAGGCCUUCUCCAGCUUCCCCGAGAAGAGGCCGCGAAUAGAAGAUCGUCAGUCCUUUCGUACCACAAUCGACGGGGUCCACACGGAAAAGCCGCAGCCGACAGCAGAGGAGCCCAAGGUCCCACCUAUCCGGAUUCAACUCUCCAGAAUCAAACCGCCCUGGGUCAAAGGGCCGCCAACCUACCAGAUCUGUCCCCGCAUUGUGCCCCCCGGCGAGGGCUUGCGGCGCACGGGGACGGGGGCGCGCACCCUGGCGGACAUCAAAGCUCGCGCCCAGCAGGCCCGGGCCCAGCGCGAGGCCGCUGCUGCUGUUGCAGCCACUGGGGACGGGCCAGGGCCCGGCGGGGGCAGGGCUGGUUCUGGGCUACCGGAUCGCAGCAGUGGAAGACGAACUCGAGAGCACCCAGGACCCGUCGAGCCAGGAGGAGGAGGAGGAGGAGCAGGAGGCGUGGAGGAGCAGGGAUCGCCUGCGGGCUCUCAUCCGCCUGGAACACAACUACAGCUGUCCAAUGUAGAGCCCUCCUCUACCCCCACCCCCCACACAGCUGCUUCAUCCCCCUCCCUGUCUACCUCCUCCAACCCCUCCCUGUCCUCUUCAGAGCCCCCGCAGACCCCCACUCCACCCCUACCCACCCAGGAGGAGCGGCUGGGGGAGCUGAGUGGGGAGGAAGGGGCUACACUAACACCACCACCAGUCAAAGGCACCACCAACGGACUCUCAGACAAGGCAGAGCUGCUGGAGUCUGUGUCCAGCCACCUCCAAGGGCAAAGCGAGGGGGCCGACUGUGACAGGACAACGACCCAAAGCGGUCCCUUGGCACCCACCUCCAUCCCAGAUUCUCUGCCCAGGUUCGGGGCCCAGGGAGUGGAUGUGAUCAGGUCCCUGGCUGGCACCGAGCAGGCCAGGGGGGGGGGAGGGGGUGUCAUCCAGCAUGGUUCCCACCACGUGGGUCCACAGGAGAACCCCCCCACCCCAGCUAGAGAGAGCCGCAUCCAGGGCGAAAGGCAGCAGUCGGAGCCCCCGGGGAGGGAGAGAGAGACAGCCUCCCUCCCUCGUCUCCCACCCUCAGUCAGAGAGGACGACGCAGGGCUUCACAGCGACUCCACUGAGACGGCCUCCGACUGUGAGAACGAGAGCCAGGAGGAGGAGCCCCACCUGAGCACAUGGCGCCACCACCUGCCCGCUCAGUGCAACGGCAACAUCCAGCACCUCCAAAGGCUGUCUCAGAAGGCCCAUGGCCAGCCUGUGAUCUGCAGUCCCCCUUCACAGCAGAACCAGCAGCCGGUCAUCCAGGCCCAUGUGUCCAACCAGCACGGCCACAGCCAGACGGUCAUCCAGCCCUGCUUCCCCAACGGCCUGCCCAACCAGAGUCUCUUGCAGCCGGGACAAAAGCCGCAGAAUCCUGGACGCACUCCCCACCCAGACCAACAAGCUAUCGCUGCGCCGCACCCCAAAGCCCAGAGGGGGCACAAAACAGACCCCAUGGAAGACUACAAAGCAUCUAGCCGGUGCUUGGCUGAUGAGGACUGUAGGCUGGGGCUGAAUCCCUCCCACACCGCUAGCUGCAAGAGGCUCCCUAGUUCAGCCCGGCCUGUGUCUACAGUGGAGGCCAACAACCCUCUGGUCACCCAGCUGCUCCAAGGCAGCCUCCCGCUGGAGAAAGUCCUGCCGCAGACGCACUCGGCUAGCAAGCUGGAGAUCAACCGCCUGCCAGAGGGGCUUCAGUCAGGCCCCCAGUCCCAGCUCAGCCGGCAGCAGCAGACCAGGAUCCCAGGCACUCGCUUCAGGGGUCCCCCAGAGUCUGGUACGAUGGAGUCGCUGGUCCCCGAGUUGUCCUCUCAGAACCAGCAGAAGUCCCCUGCUGGCCGAGGAGGCUCCCCUGGAGCAGGCCGGAGCUUUGCGUCCUCUCCCCCAGGCACAGUACCCUCCCGCAUGGCCUGCCUGCUGGAGGAGGCCUCCUCUCGGGCCACGGCCAUGCAGCAGUAUCUCUCCCAGCAGCCAGCUGGCGCCGUGCCCCCCGGGGCCGUGCCCGUCAUUACAUCCCUCUCUUCUUCGUCCUCUUCCUCCAGACGCAACUCCCAGGAGUCGGCCGUCAUCAGAGAGUCUCCAGAGAGGCACCACAACUUCACUCAGCCGCGGACCACCCCGGAUGCCCCAUCGCCCCCGCACAGCAACUUCGGCCUCUCUGACGUUGUCCCCACCGUCAAGAUCAACUGGCACCCUUCCAAACCCCACCCUCCACACCAACAGCAGCUCUCGCCUGUGAAGAGCGAGGUCACCUCCCGGCCCUCUUGCCAAACUCUUGCCAAAACCUCCCCCUCUGGCCCCAUGGCAGGCGGUGGGCCAGGUGUGGUGGUCACCAAAAAGGAGGCAGUGAACUCUAUGGACGGUUACCUGACUGGAGGAGGGGCUAUGGAAGGACUGCUGAACAUGGAGAUGUCCUUAGCCCGCAUGGCUAAGAAGGAGGCGCAGAGCAAAGCUCAUUACUCAUCUUCCCCCUCCCUCCCUUUCCAGCUCUACGGAAAGCUGCCUAAGCAGGGCGGCGUGGCGGUGCCCGGUUUUAGCUACACGGCCAACGUGUCUGUGGUGGACGGCAGCGGCUUCUCGAGGAGCAUCGCUGACGGCGUCCUGCAGCUGCGUCAGCGCCACAGCGCUAGCCAGAGCGCCACACUCAGCAUCCAGGCGUUCGCAGACAGCGCCGCUGAGGAAGUGGCGCUCAAGUGCUCGUGCCGCCUCAAGGCCAUGAUCAUGUGCCAGGGCUGCGGGGCCUUCUGCCACGACGACUGCAUCGGCCCCUCCAAACUGUGUGUCUCCUGUCUGGUGGUCAGAUAGGAGCUUUCUCUGACGUUGCCACGGUGUUGGUGGUUUGAUGUUAUAUGCUGUGCCACCUUCAGCAUACCUGCUCCAUGUAUAAACUGUUAACUAACCUAACACACCCCGAACUUGAGAGAAACAAGGGUGUGGGACUUCAGGCUUUGACAUGUACAUAACCUUAGGAAGUGUUGCCUUGUAUUAUAAAAUCGGUAUGUAUUUUUUGUUGCAUAUUUUUUCUAAUGCCGUUAUGUUGAUGUAAUUAUUAUUUUGUUAUAAUUAUUAAUAUUGUGAAUUUAUUUGGCACGGUUGAUUGUAAAUUGUGCCUUUUUUAUUCUUUCCUCAAAACAUUUACCUCAUCUUAUCUUGACACACCUGUCAUCAGUUCAGUGUGAAAAUGGUGGCCGUUAUUGUUUGUUUUCCUCUGGCCCUGCAUGGAGGGCUUGGAGGGGGAUUUGUUCUCGUCUCUUUCUUGCAAAGAAAUAUUUUUUUAAUCAUUAAAGCAAGCAUAAAUACA